AAAGCGAUCUUCCUUGUUUUGAAGGUAUCGAGAGGCAAGGUGCAACACACAUUUCUUGAUUUCGAACAUCCAAAACAACAAUUAGAAUCAAUCAAAACGUAUAGGAAUCGAAACGGAGCCACGCGUCGGUAUCGAAAACAACGACAUUGACAUUGAUUUGUAUUACAAAGUAACUGAAAAAAUGGUAGUUGCACGAAGGAUUCGACUUCCAUGGGUGACGCUCCUGUCUAUAUUGGUUGUCAGCGCAACGUCGGAUCUCCAAUUGCGUGGUCCUGCUGGUCCUCGACAACGAAGAGAACUGGGUACGAACUUCGAGAACUUUAUGACCUACUUUGGCCUGUGGCAGUCGACCCCCGAGCCCGAACCGGAACCGGACGCGUCUUCGACAUCCCGUGCGUACAAGGAACCGGACGUGUCUUCGACAUCCCGUGCGUACAAGACAUGGAAAGACUCGAAAGCCCACAAAUCGGAGAAGUCUGCCAAGGCAGGCAAAUCUUCCAAGAAGGAGAAAUACGAACACACUUACCAGCACGAAUACCCUUACACAAAGUCCGCGAAAUCCGGAAAAAAGUCCAAAAAGGCCAAGUCCGACAAGAAACACAACGUUCCCUCCAUGGCCCCCAGCGUGAGCAUGCACCCGAGCGCGAGCCACACACCGACGGCAACGACCGAGAGAGUCGAGGUCGUCGCUAAUGCGCCCGACACACCCGAUAUCGAUACCCAGAACUCAUCGGCCACCCCUCCGCCGAGCCCGCCUCCCACCUCUCCGCCAACCAUUUCGCCAACGAUCUCGCCAACGACCCUACCCCCAACGUCCCAGCCCACCGGUGUUGCUACCACAGCCGCCACCACGGCCGCCACCCAGCAGGAAACCUCGGAAGAGACCUGGAUGGACACGUGGGAGACGACCUUUUGGACGACUCUCGACGGCGAAGAAGACGGCGAUGGUGAGGGCGACGGCGAGGGCGGAGAAACGGCAGACGCCAGCAUGCUCUCGCCGUCUUCCGGCGAUUUCGGUGACUUCUAUACAAUCCUUCCCGAUAGCUUUCAUACUCUUUCUCCCACGGCAUUUCCAACGGCGUCUCCCGGUGCCGGUGCGGGCCACCCAUCGCCCGGCGGGGGCCGGAGCGAGGAAGCCCAUUCCCCGACAAGCCCUCCGACGAUCGAUGCCGAGGGCUUUCAGACCCUCAAUCCCACGGUAUUUCCAGCGGAGUCCGAUGCAGAUGCCGAUGAAUAUCCCAAUGCAUAUCCCGAGUUCCAUGCGUAUGCCGAUGCAUAUGCAGCCAACCUGUCGCCUGGCGAGGACACGAGCGAAGAAACCCAUUCUCCGACGAAACUCCCGACGCCUCACCCCACGGGCUUUCCAACCGGUGCUCCCUCGGAAUCUCCCACGAAAGCUCCAACCGAUUCUCCCACGGAAGCCGACACGGAAAAUCCGACCUAUUUCCCUACGUUUUUCCCCACGUUUUAUCCCACGUACUACCCCACGGAUUUCCCGACACUCUCGCCCGAGGGAGUCGCGGCAAAAGAAGAAAGACUUCGACUGAUGAGACUGAAACGAAGGCGGAAACGACGAAACCGGCUGCGUGAAGAGCAAAGGGCAGCAGAAAAGACGAUCACUAUCUAGAAAAAGACAAAGACGGCAGGGGAUAUUCGUUGCCCAAAAGACCAAGAAACAGAUAAUCUUCUGGUUCGUAUUGAGCUUAACAUGUACUUUAAUAACAUUAUUGUAGAAUA